UCCGCUUUCUCUAAAAUUUCGAACCCAGACCUCCAGGACCUCCUUCUCCAAGCUGACCUGCAUCGACUCCCGAUCUCCUUCUCCAAGCUGACCUGCGUCGACUCCCGACCUCAUUCUCCAACCUAAGCCUACUGGAGCCGCCUCCAACCUGACCCCGAGUCCCCGACCUCGCUCUCUGACCCCGAGUUCCCCUGCCUCGCUCUGACCCCGAGUCCCCGAUCUAGUUUUCCAGACCUCGAGCUUGAGCUCCGAUCUGACCUCGAGCUUAUUAGCCGACCUGAGCUUGUCAUUCUCCAACGUCUAGUCUCGUAGAGGAAGAUCGUAGAUUGAAGGUUUUCAAGAAGGAGUGGUUUGAAGGCAAGGACUGUCUUGACAUUGGCUGCUAUUCUGGGGUUAUCACUAUACAAAUCGGAUGGAAGGCCGCGAUGACUGGUGGGGCCGGGCUUACUGAUGGCAGCGGCAAUGUGGAGGUCAAAAGUGACUCAAUUAGUGAAGGGAGUUCGGAUUUUGAUCUGGAAUCAGAUGGGUCACUGCCCUUUUACAUGCUUGAUGCUUACGAAGAGUUCUAUGGACCUAAUAUGGGCACUGUUUAUCUAUUUGGGAAGGUUAAAGUAGGAAGUUCAUAUCAGCUUGAAAAGGAUGCCGAGGACUCAAGGAUUUCACCCACAGAUUUUCGUAAGAAGCUGCAUGAUGCGGCUUCAGAAUUAAAGAAUGAAUUAGCAAAGAAGUUGUUGGAUCUCAAUGUAUCAGCUUUUAGCAUGGCACCUGUCAAGAGGAACUAUGCUUUUGAGCGAUCUGACAUACCUGCAGGGGAGAAUUAUGUACUGAAGAUCAAUUAUCCAUUCUGGGAUCCACCAGUAUCAGCAGAUCUAAAAGGAGAAACUUUUGGUGGGAUACAGGGAGAGAGAGAGAGAGAGCGAAGGGACUAGAGGAAGAAGAAGAGAUUCAGCAAUAUAUAGACAGCGAUGGUGAUUGCUCAUGUAUUUUUUUUUUCUUUCUCUAAUUGGGCAUUGAUUUGGGUCAAAGCUUCCGACGAGGAUUACCAAGAGUUUGAGUCUCUUCAUGCUGUCAACAUCAAGCAAGUCUACAGAACUGGGUUUCACUUUCGACCUCCCGGCCACUUGAUUAACGGGACUGAACCCAAUCUGGAUCAAUUUUGAGUGAUAUUGGUGGGAUUUCAGGUAUUUGUAGUGGGCGGUAAAGGAUCGGAAAGGGUAUACCCAACAACAACUUGACGAGGUCCGCAUUGAAAUAGCCGACUACUUACAGACUCUGUUGUAGGUUCUGACCAGUUUCUUGAUUUUGAGUUAGUUUUAACUAACUUUUUUGUAGCAAUUAUGAACAAACAAGAAUACUAAUUGCUAGGCUAGCCUUGUAGUAUAUAGGUGCAUAUAUGAAUUGGAGUUUUAUUUUGCCCAUUUUGUAAACUGUUAAGGAUGAUGAAUGUCGGAUAUAAUACCCCAAUUUGCAAUUUAUAAUCACAGUUCUAUUU